CCCCCAGCCUCGUCUCUCCGCUCUCGACAGUCCCUCACUCUCUCGUCUCUCCCCUCACCUCGUCAAUCGUCACUCUCAGUCUCUCACGGCCUCAUCACCUCAUCACUCUCGGUCUCGCACUCAUCUGAGACUGAAGGUCGUCGUCGCAAUCUCGUGCCCCUGCGUUCGCUUCGUCGGCGGCAGAAGCAGACGGAACCAAUCAAGCAGCAUCUGCUCCUUUGGGUGGUGGUUGUGGUCGUCUUCUUGUUUCGUCGCCCUCUCGGAACCAGUCAACCAGCAAAAAAAUGAGAAGUGGUCUGAUAUGGGCUACAGCUGAGGAUUUAGCUAAGAACAGAGGGCGAGUCUUGUCACUGUACCGUCAGAUACUGCGAAGCCUUAACUCGCCAAAGUUGCCACUCACAUUUGCAGCUAGAUUAGCGAAGAAAGCAGAGGUUCGUGCAAUGUUCUGGGUAGGUUCGGACGAGCGCUCAUUGCACAAUAUUGCUGACCUCAUUGAUGCCGCAGAGUACUCUCUUUCCUUUCUCAAGAAAGGCGAGCUUCCUCCUCGCUACAUCACCUAAUGUUUUUUUUCCUUUUUUGCAAUUUAUUUGUUAUGCAUUUGUUAUUGUGCAAAGUAGUUGGGAACUAAAAAGGAUAUAUUGCUCAAUGAUCAUGUGAUAGUUAAUUAAGAAUUUCCUAGUCCCUGUCAUGACUUAGAAUUCUAGGCUGGCCCUUGAGUUGGAGGACUAUUAUUCUGUUGAUUGCAGUUUCAAAGUCAAUCUAGCAAAGCCAAGUUAGCUUAAGCUUUUCUCUCU